AUGCGCGCUUUCACGUCGACACUCGAGAGGCUCAUUCAACAGCGCCUCAAAAGGUGCCAACGUGUGUUCGCUGCAAUCCACCAGCACAAGAGGCUUUGGAUUGUACGAUACGCGAUGCGAUAUGGACAACUAUCGGGCUGUUGCUUGGUUCCUUUUUUGGAUAUGCCGGCUUCUGGAACUUCUCAAUGCCAACGUGUGUUCGCUGCAAUCCACCAGCACAAGAGGCUUUGGAUUGUACGAUACGCGAUGCGAUAUGGACAACUAUCGGGCUGUUGCUUGGUUCCUUUUUUGGAUAUGCCGGCUUCUGGAACUUCUCAACCCACGUUUGGCACACCCGGUGCUUUCGUUCAGUUCUCCACUCGGGCUUCCAAGAAAAGCAAGCGUAGUUCUCUCAUCAAGGACCCCAAAGAGAGUGCGAUCAAGAGGAAGAGGAGUUCAUCCAGUUCCGACGAGGAACUUCUUCGCGAGGAAGGGGACAAGUUCAUUUCAAAGCCGAACGAGGCUGGGACGUCGGUUGACAAAAUUCCCGGCAAUCCGCUCGCCCCCGGAAUUUACAGCGACCUGGAAACCAAACUUUCUCCCUACGAAGUCACUGAACAUCCCAUCUUCUUUCCAGAUCAAUCUGCUCAAACCAGUCCCACCGGCCGGAGUCCAUCGCGUCAAGAAACGAAGCAAGGGAUACAAAUAAUUGACCAUUCGGCUUCUUCCAACGACCCGACAUCAAUUGAGAGUAAAGCUUUUGAUGCCCUCGACAACCAGCCUGAUGACGUUGAAGUUAACAACGCAUCGAGUCCAGCUGAUUUGACCAAAAACGAAGAAGUACGCAAGGCAUCGAGUCCUGCAAAUUUGACGGCAGACGAAAACUCAAGCAAGGCUUCGAGUCCAGCUAAUUUAAAAACAGACGAAAAAUCACGAAAGGCAUCGAGUCCAGCAGAUUCGAAACCAGAGUCUCCUAGUCGCCGAGACAGCGUGAAAUUUGCGGAAGAUUUGGAGGUUCCAAUCCCUUCGAUUGGCAAACGAGAACUGACUUCCAACGGGACUCUGUUAGACGCGAGUGAUCAAUUCGCUGCUGAAAAGCCCUCCAUUUUUCAAGAGCCCAAGGGUACACGAAAGAGAUCAUCUAGCAUCAAAAGGCUCAACCUUCGGGGCGAAAUGACGAGCAAAAAGCCUGGCUCCGCCGCGUGUGACACGGAUCGGUGUGCAUUAAAUCAUGCCUUGCUGUACCCACGACCGCCGUAUUAUCGCCCUGAUGGGUCCUGCAGAAAGUGUGACGACACAGCAAUUAGCUGCGAGAUUCAUGACCAGGGUUCACUCUGGGCUGAGCCCACAUUUGGUUACAGGUCUUGCCUGUCGCCUCUCGUCAACAAAAAACGACGAUCAAGAGCACCAGAAACGGAAAGGAUCAUCAGGCUGAUGACAUCCCUUCUGCUCUCUGCACUAUUCCUUUAUUUAACGUACCUGUUGUUCCCUGAUUUCUGGGCAUGGCUGUACAAAGUCGUCGCCUGUUUGUUGAACCGAUUCAUGCGGUUUCUAAACUAUGUUUGGGACUCAUUUACUGCUUCCGACGAUGAGCCUGGUGCAGAAUCGAAUGCCUCUGAGGCGAUUCAGCGCCCUCUGGGGCAAUGCACCAGACAGCAGAUCAUCUACUGA